AUGCUGUCAACUUAUUUGGUGAAGGUGCUUUUUUCAGGCGAAAGGUCCGCCAUCCGGAAGCCAAAGGUACAAUCUGCAGAACGAGUUUUUGUAAAAGAGACGCGGCUUCACCUGGCCAAAAAGGAGUUAAAUAAGCUGAAGGAACAGUUGAAAAAUGCCGAGACUACUAAAGUUGAUGCUCUUUCAGAGCUUGAAAAAGCCAAACAGACUGUUGAGGAUUUGAGCCAGAAGCUAAGAGUCAUUAAUGAAUCAAAAGAUUCAGCAAUUAAAUCUACAGAAGCUGCUAAGCAUCAGGCAAACCAACUUGCAGAAGCCAACGACAAUGUUUUGGAAGGAGUAAAUGGACAUUCAAACGGUGAUGUUGAAACUGACAAAGUGCAGUAUUUGAAUGAUGUUGCUGAACUUAAUGCUGCUAAACAGGAAGUAAGGAAAAUUCGUCUGGAAUAUGAUGCGUCUUUAGAAGAAAAGGAGAAAGCAGCAAAGCAAGCUGUUGUAGCUGAUACUGCUGCCAAAGCAAGCAUGGAGAGAGUUGGUAAACUGUCUGCGGAAAGCGCUAGUGUGCAUGAGUCGAUUCAGCAAGUAAAGUUGGCACACAUGCAAGCAAAGGAAGAUGAAACGAAGAUCUGUGCCGACAAGGAGAAACAGAAGCAAUUAUAUAAAGAUAGAAUUGAAGGUUCAGUGAAGAGACUGGUUGCUUUGAAAAAAGAUGUAGACCCUGAAGUCGCAAGAAAUUUGGAGUCCGAGUUGAAUGGAACCUUGUCUGAAAUUGAAUCUUUACGAAAGGAGAUGGAGAAUACAAGGGUCUCUGAUCUUGGUUCUGUCAAGGCUAUCACUGUAGAGUUGAUUGGUGCGAAGGAAUCAUUAGACAAAGCAGCCGAAGAAUUAUCCGGCCGAAGGGGAGAGGUUAGCCCCAACCGCAUAAUUAUUCGAGAUGAUUGGAGUAGCGCCUAUGCCAGAGAAGAGAAGAUAGCUUCAGGCAGAAAUGGUUCGGAGAAGAAGAAGCAACCGAGAAAGGAGAAAAUUGUCGAGGAGGUGACAGCCGUGAGAGGCUGCGAACUCAUGUUAUAA